AUGCGCCGCAUCAAGUACGACGCUACACACGGCCCUCCUGGCCUAAAGCAGUUCUCCUCACAUCUCCGACAAGUCAUCUGGCUGCGCAAUUUCAAGCUAGAGAAGCUCAAAAAAUAUGACGGCAAGGAGAAUCCUGAAAAUUGGAUCACCCUUUAUGAAAUCGCGGUCCAGUCAGCAACAGGAGACGAACGUGUGAUGGCAAAUUAUUUCCCGGUCGUUCUCAACCAGGUAGGUCACCAGUGGCUUCUCGGCCUACGUGAAAAUUCAUUCAAUUCAUGGGAAGAACUAAGGCAAGCGUUCAUCGACAAUUUCAUCGCUACCUGUGAGCAGCUAGGAAACAAAUAUGAUCUCGAGAGGAUAUGGGACCAGAAGAAUGAGACUUUGCGCGACUACAUCCGACGCUUCUCGGAUAUGCACCUCAACAUUCCAAAGAUUUCCCAUGACAAAGCUAUCUCGGCUUUCAUCAAGGGCCUCCAUUUCCACGAAGCCCUGAGGAGUAAGUUACUGUGCAAGAGGCCAACCACGGUCGCUGAGCUCCUCGCCACGGCCAAAAAUUAUGCCAACGCUAAUGACGCAGAAAAGCUCAUCAGGGAAGACGUCAGAGGAACCCAACAAAACAACCAGCCUCCUCGGCGGGACGACAACCACAGCCUUCGGCGCAAUGAUAAUCGCGACCACCGAGAAGGGUGGGACAGGCGUCGCGACCACCACGGUGAUUUCAAGGGUAAACAACCUCGUGACAACGACCAUGAAGUCAACACGGUCAAGCAUUUCACCGGUCGGUGUGAUUAUCAGGAAGACUAUAACAAAACCUUGAAGGGGCCAUGCAAGCUUCACCCCAAGUCCAACCACACAAUGGAGGAAUGUCGUGUCCUCAAGAGCAUCUAUACACAGUAG